CGAAAAUAUCCCUAAAGUGAAGGCAAACUUGAAGGAGAAGGACAUAACCUAAUUCAAGUCUGUCAUACGAGGUGUGUUUUUGCUACAGGAAAUUAAAUUCUAAACCGUAUUUUAUAUUUAAUAAUAACAGUGUUUUAAAUUAUCAUAAAUGUAAUUAGCGAUCUGGUAACGAGGGAGAAUGGCAGGUGUUUUUGAUUUGGAAUUGCACGACGUUGAAGCUGUUGAGGUUGAUGAUUCAGACGACGAUGAUGUUAUUGAAAUUCAAGAGGGUGGAUACGAUCAAAACCCCAAUGUAAAUGAAAUCAUUGAGACUGACGACGUGGAGACAGUACAAUUAACUGAACAAAAUGUGAAUCCCGGCCAAGAUAAAGCCGGCCCACAGGAUUUCGAACUACUUAAAGUAUUGGGAAAGGGCGGAUAUGGCAAGGUUUUUCAAGUUCGCAAAGUGAACGGAACCGAUGCUGGCACAAUAUUUGCUAUGAAAGUGCUGCGCAAGGCUUCCAUCGUUAGAAAUCAAAAAGACACGGCGCACACUAAGGCUGAACGAAAUAUUUUAGAAGAAGUCAAACACCCGUUUAUAGUCGACUUAAAAUACGCAUUUCAAACGGGCGGUAAACUUUAUUUAAUUUUGGAGUAUUUAAGCGGCGGCGAGUUAUUUAUGCAUUUAGAGCGGGAAGGUAUUUUUUUGGAGGAUACUGCUUGCUUUUAUUUGGCAGAAAUAAUACUAGCUUUAGAACAUUUGCAUAUGCAAGGAAUUAUAUAUAGGGAUCUUAAGCCAGAAAAUAUACUAUUAGACGCUCAAGGUCAUGUGAAACUAACAGAUUUCGGCUUGUGUAAGGAGCAUAUUCAAGAAGGCAUCGUUACUCAUACAUUUUGUGGUACUAUAGAAUACAUGGCCCCUGAAAUAUUAACACGAAGCGGCCAUGGCAAAGAAGUGGACUGGUGGUCCCUCGGUGCUUUAAUGUACGAUAUGUUAACGGGUGCUCCGCCAUUCACAGCGGAAAAUCGAAAAAAGACAAUAGAAAAAAUUUUAAAGGGAAAACUAAAUCUCCCGCCGUACUUGACGGCCGAUGCGCGAGACUUAAUUCGAAAAUUAUUGAAAAGGCAAGUUUCCGUUAGAUUAGGCGCGCCGCCGUCCGAUGCCCUAGCCGUUAAGCAGCAUCAUUUCUUUAAACACAUUUCUUGGGAUGACGUGCUGUGUAGGAAGUUGGAUCCGCCGUUUAAGCCGAGUUUGACCAGCGAGGAUGACGUUUCACAGUUUGAUACCAAAUUUACAGAACAAACUCCAGUUGAUUCUCCUGUCGAGUGGAAUCUUAGCGAAAGUGCCAACAUGAUCUUUCAGGGAUUUACGUAUAUAGCGCCAUCUGUUCUUGAAGAUAUGUAUAAAACGUCAUCGAUCAUAAGAGCCAGAUCGCCAAGAAAACUAGGUACUACGCCGAUGAGGCAUCAUCACAUGUCUCCAUUUAUGCAUCCUUUACAUCACGGUCAUCAUAUAGGUCAAGGUCAAUCGUUAGGGCACAAUUUAGCACACAUGGGACAUUUUACCACUUCACAACCGCUUACGACAACAAAUAACUGUACAGAAGAAAUGAUGGAAGUGAGUGGUAUACCUCUACUAUAGUAGAUAAUUUGUUUUAGUUUCAUUUUAAGAAAUUAUUUUGGUAGAAUUUUUUUGUUAGUUGUUAAAAAUUGAUUCUAGUGUUUUUGAAACCGUUACCAUACAACUUAAUCUUAAAUUGAAAUGAUUGUACAUGAUGAUGUGUGCAUUAUUACUAUUAAGUUUAAUAUUGUAGUUAUACUCAAAUUUUAUGACAGCUCUUAAAGAGGACGCUUUCAUUAAAGCAUAAAUUGGAAUCAAGCAGUUUCCUUAGUUGGUAAUUUGGAUAUUAACAAAUUUUCGAUAUUUGAGUGAACUCUUUAAUUUUGCUUCAUUUCUUAUGGUGCAACUCAGGCAUUUAUGAAACGUAGUACACCAAGAACUGAAAUGUUUUUUACACAACACUUGCGUGUACUGUAUUUUAUAUUGUAUACUAUCUACCUAUACUACUUUUUACUACAAGUGCGUGCAAACGAUGAGUUGCUGUGUGCUUUGUGUAUACUAAUUUUGUAUUUUAUCUGUUGUGAUCAUAUUUCUCGAGAUUUAUUUUACAACACUUAAUACUGUUUACAUAUUUCUAAAUGAUUGUUUCUAGGCUAUAAUACAAAGAUUUAGUUAAUUUUUUGUUUUUGGUGUACGUUUGUAACAAAUUUAUAAUAAAACCCAUUAUUAAUACCUAUA